AAACUUUAUUUUUUUAAUGUGCAAAAGUGAAUCUGACAUUUUAAAUACUGACAGAUUCAGCGAUUUUUAAGCCACAAUGGAUUACACUUCAUCGGAAUCACCUUCAAUACUCCACGAGAUCUUGUAGACAUAACCGUGUAUAAACAACUCCGAAAUUUCAUAUAAUGAAAUUUAUUAUUAAAACUGCAUUAUUAUUUUUAACUUUAUUUAGUGUUCAAUGUGAGGAUGGGUGGGCGUUGGUCGGGAACCCGCUUUUACAUGCAUACCCUUGUAAUAAUGUUACUGAUAUAACUACGUCUUUCGAACCGGGCAGACCUCCGGGUGAAGAGAACCAAUACAAUGUAUUUGUUGGUAAAAGUGUUCCAAAAUAUACGAAAAUUAAAUUGAAAUUUGACACCGAAGCUGUUGUUACCCUUUAUGACUCAGCAAAAGCAAGAAUAUCUAUUCAAGAUGACAACGAAUUUACCAUACAUUUCUUCGAUAAUGCAGAAUCCGUCGGAUUCACAGUCAAAGGUCCAAUCACAGGGACUGUGCCGUAUUUUGAGAGCUUAAAUAUUAAUACUGUCGAAUAUUGUAAGUCGCCAAAUAAGGGUUACUUGGAUAACCUAAUUUUAGGUACAAAAGUAUCUGCAGAAAGUCAUUUGAAAGUACCAGACGGAUCUUGUGGUCGUAGGAAAGUUGUUCACACAGAACUGAUUGUUAAUGGAGCGGAUACGAAGCCAGGAGAUUGGCCGUGGCAUGCUGCGUUAUACAGAGUGAAGAGAAACCUUAUAAAAUAUAUAUGCGGUGGUACUCUUUUGUCCAAAACCUUCGUGCUUACAGCUGCGCAUUGCACGACUGUUAGAGGUCAACCGGUCGUGCCGGAGACUCUAAACGUUGUUUUGGGAAAAUAUAAUCUCGCUGGUGGGGAUUAUGAAGCUCAAGAAAAAACUGUGCAAGAAAUUAUAGUUCACGAUAGUUUUGAUGGAAAACAAUUAGACAAUGACAUAGCUUUAUUAAAGCUAAGCUCAGAAGUAUUAUUCGGUGACUAUAUACAGCCAGCUUGCUUGUGGUUCCCCACGGCGGUUGAUAAACUACCCAAUAGAGGAAAUAUCGUAGGCACAGUAAUAGGAUGGGGUUUCGAUCAAGAGGAUGCACUGUCUACCCAACUGCGUCAAGCGACGAUGCCUCAAAUAUCAGAAUCCGAUUGCAUCAAGAAGAAUCCACUUUUCUAUUCGAGACUUUUGAAUAGUAAAAAGUUCUGCGCUGGUCUUGAUAAUGGAACAUCAGCGUGUAAUGGCGACAGUGGGGGUGGCUUCCACGUGUUUAUACCCGACGUGACCGGCAAUGAUCUUGCUAACGCAACCGGUGCCUGGUAUGUCUACGGCAUCGUGUCCCUGAGCGUCUCCAGAAGAGAUAUGCCAGUGUGUGAUCCUAACCAAUACGUAGUUUUCACCAAGAUUGCGGAAUAUAGAGGAUGGAUACAGAAGUAUGUAAAAUAGUUCUUUGGACGAUCAGGGAAACUUCAUCUUUGAAGAAUAUGAUGAAUAGAUUAAUACGAAAAU